UCCUCCAAGAGAGGCACCCCACUCUUUUUUGGACACCUUGUGCAACACAUGUCCUUGACCUUCUCUUGGAGGACAUAGGAAAACUUGAGUGGGUGACUCCAGUUGUGGAAGAUGCAAGGAGGAUCACCAAAUAUAUUUACAAUCACCCUUGGGUCCUACAUUUGAUGAGACAACACACCCAAGGGAAAGAUUUGGUGAGAGCUGGUGUCACAAGGUUUGCAACGAUUUUCUUGACGUUGCAAAGCCUUCUUGCUGCAUUGACUUCUUUGAAACAAAUGUUUGUGAGUGGAGAAUGGCUUAACUCACCUUAUUCAAGGAAGUCUGAAGGAGAGGCUGUCGCAUGCAUAGUCUUCGACAGCCAAUUUGCACAAAGGGCUGCAGAGAUUGUGAAGGUGUCAGAGCCCUUGGUUCGAGUUCUUCGCUUGGUGGAUGGGGAUAAAACCCCAAUGGGAUAUCUUUAUGAGGCCAUGGAUAGGGCCAAGGAGUCUAUCAAAAAUUACUACAAGGGGGAUAGGCUCAAAUUUGAUCCCAUUUGGGAAAUUGUUGAUAGGAGGUGGAACAAUCAGCUCCACCAACCCAUUCAUGCAGCAGGGUACUUCCUCAACCCUCGUUUUAGGUUUGGGGGUUCUGUUGAUGUGUUUUUUGUACACGACCAAACACAGAAUAAAAUACCUAAAAGGUACCUUAUCCUCUCUUGAGCAAAGUUUCUGACUGCUGAAUAUCUUGCCGAAGGAUCAGUCAGAGUAACUCCAAGGUUCUGUUACGUAGGAUCUCUACGUGUGGAUAAGGUACCUUUUAGGUAUUUUAUUAUGUGUUUGGUCGUGUACAAAAAACACAUCAACAAAAUUGGUGCUAGAAGGAGGGCUGAUCAUUGCCAAACCAUGAUCAGUGGAACUCAUCAAGUCAUAUUUAGAAAAGAUAUCCAGAGCUUUUUUAUCCUCCUCCACGCUCGACAGAAUUGAAGCAGAAGAAAGGUAAGCGAAUGCGAACUCUUGAAUCCAAGGAAGAUCAAUGGAAAGCCUUUUCUCAAACACUCGACGAAAGUGAUACAGAGAAGGAAGGUGAUCGCUAGGUCGUCAGUUGGACUUAUGAAAGAAGGAAGCAAGCUGGAACCAAUUGAGCUUCAAGUUGAAUCUGAGAUAUUCUAGAUCUCUUUUUAUUCGAGAAAAUCCAAAAAAAAAGUGAAAAACCAAAAAAUCCAAAAAAAAAAAAAGUGAAAAAUAGAAAAUCCAAAAAAAGUAAAAAAAUCAAAAAAUAAAAAAGUAAAGAUUUCUCAUGGAGCAACAACAGUUUCACGAUGAGCAACAAGUUGAUUUCCCUGAACUUUGGUGGAGAUUAGAUACACAACUUUAUCCACGCAGAUUAUUUGAGUUUGCAAGACCAGGGCAGUGUCGAGUUCACGAGACAGAGGAGCAUGAUGAAAUGCAUUGCUUGAAGUACUUAUCAAGGAUGGAAUCGGUAGCGUAGGGAAAAAUCUUCUUUUGGGAUGUCCCCAGGCCAGAAACAGAAGAAGGCAGCUUCAGUGUCCUAGAGAUCAAGGAUCCUCUUCUAAGCUUCUUGUGGAUGAUUGAGAGUCGGCUCAUUUUGAAUGGUGAAAUGCGUUUAGAAAACAUAUUGCUACCAUUGUGGUGUAGAAUUCACAACUCACCUCACUCUGAAUUUACUUGCUCAGUAUGUGAAAUGGCUAUCAAUCAAGUCAGAAACCAGUUUGGAAUGCCAACUUUGUCCGAGGAAGAAUGCAUUAUUAACAGAUCUUGGGGUGCACAUCUCGCAGUUGAAUUCAGGAGGACCUAUGAACAGGACAUUGCUCCAGCAUUUGAUUGUGAGAAGGAUCAGUUGUACGUUGACGAUACAAAUGCACUUGAUGAACAAAAGUUGAAGAAUCAGUUGAGAAUACUCAAGCAGUGAUAAAGGAAGAUCCAGGAGUUGAACAAGCAAUUAAAGGAGAAGAUGACUCAUUCCUUGAAGAAUUCUUGUUUAUGCUACAAAAGGAGAUCCUUGAGAUUGAACCGCAGGAGGUUUCAAAUGGCCUCAUUGAAGAAGACAAUCAAGUUGAGAUGUUGAACAAAGAGAUACAAAUCAUCAUAAGUGAGCCCAGGUAUGAAGAACAAUUCAAAGGGGCGCUUGAAGAUUUCAUCACCAUUAUGUUAUUUGAGGAAGCAUUGAAAGAUCUUGUAGAGGAAACACAAGUGGAAUCACUCCCCAAUUUUUUUCAAGAUAGGCAAGUUGCUGUGACUGAUAUGAUCCAUCAUCAGCUCCGACCUCCUGAGACUAUGCUUGAAGAUGAGACAUCACCUGAGAUUAUCUUUGAUCAACUAGAGGAAAUGUUUGAGGCUCAAUCCAUCAUGGAGUGCUUGGUUUUUGAAGAUAUGCUAACAAAAUUUCAUGAAGAUGCUUGGUUUAUGCAAGAUAUCUCAGUGAAAAUAGAGAAUCUUGAGUUAUUCAAAGGGGCGCUGAGCUUGUUUCAAGAAGAACUUCCUAAUCAAGAUCAACAUGUUGUGGAUGCUCGUGGAAUAGUUCAUCAUCAAUGGCGACCUUCUGAAGUAGCUGGUGACCUCUCUUCCGACAAUACAGUUCCGUCUGAGCCAGAAAUGUGUCAGGUUGUCUCUUUCCUUAAUCCUAGCCUUGAAAGUUAUUAUGAUUUUGAUUACGGGGAUUUUGGGAAAACAACUUGCAUCUGGAUUGAUCAUGGCCCUAAUGAAUUACCCCAGUUGAUCAUUUUGAGUGAAAAUUUGCCUGAGUAUGAGAUAUGCAUGGUAAGAGUUUGCCUUUCUGUAUUUAAGGAUGAAUUUGCUCGGUUGAGAACCAUCACGUUUGCCAUGCUCUUGUUGCACAACCUGAGAAAUCAUGUGAAGUCAUGUAUAUAUUUUGCUUCUUUGAGUCGUGUUGAGUCUGGGGGUCUUGUAUAUAGGUUUGGAGUAGGUUUUCUUUUCGUGUCUUUAGUUAGAGGUCUUUUGAGCCUUGUUCUUAAUUUGCCUUGAGUCAUUUGACUCAUGAUUCUCAAGUGGCUCGGGUAGCCUGUCGUUUGUUUUAGUUUAGUUUGCUUUUGGUGUGCGCUUUAGCUUAGUUUGCCUUGGGUCAGUCCGUCGGUCAUUUGCUUUAGUUUAGGUGUCUUGAGUGGGAGCCUCCAUCUUGUGAGAAAGGCGUUUGUGUUGUUUCUCGCACACUGGCUACAUCCUGGAUCUUAUGUUACUCAUUUCUUAGAUAUCUAUUCAUGAAGUGCUCGGAAUCCGAGGUUGUUCCUCUCCAGCUUUAUCAUCUGAUCAGGACCUGUAUUUGACUUAGAGGGGAAUCAUUUUCUGUAUCUUGAUGCCGACAUCGGUUGAUUACUAUAUCUUCACAAAUUAAUAGAUUCCGAGUCAUUAUGGUUUUUAGGCUAAGCUGUGAUUGGUGAAAAAUCUAAAAUCUGGCUUCAACGCCACUGCAAUCCUCAAACCCUAGUAAGCUUCACUGCUUACGAGCCAAAGGAAUUGACGGAAUGAAAAAGCAAUAUCAAAAGGAAAAAAUGAGAAAUGAAAGAAAAAAAAUCUAGAAAAAAUGAAAUGAAAUGAAAUAUCAAAAUUGGCUAAAGGGAACAUAUGAGUAACUUCAUCGGGGCUAUGGACGCCCGACUGGCAAUGGAGCAAUGUUCGUGAGCUUGCGACGAUAACGUCGUCGGGACUGUAGACGUCUGACUGGCAGCGAGGCUCUAUCCAGGAUGCUUUUGAGGUUCAGAUAAACUACGUAGCUAAUCACAGGGGAACCUGAAGGUCAUAAUUGUCUUGUCAAGAGGAAUGAGUACACUUGCACACACCUGGGUAAUCAAAGACUAAGUGUCUAGAUCUAGUUAAAGAUUUUCCUUCUACUUUGAGUGCAUUUUCUAGUCUCUUGAUAAGUUGGGUUGAAUUUUCCGGAGGUUCUAAGUGUCAGUUGAGUCUUUAUCUCUGAAAUGUUCAGGAACAUUUAUUCAAGGUGGCGCUAGAUGUUGUGAUGUAUUCACACAUCGCCCCAUUGCAAAUGGGGACCCCUGCUUUUUGCUUUCUAGGGUUUGUUUUCUAGGUCUUUUAGGGUUUUGUCUGUUAGCCUUUCCAGGAUGAGUGUUGUCGAGGGGAUCAAUAGGAUGGUAGGCUUUGCUUGAGCCAGGGGAGUCAGCAGGUGCUCCAGGUUAGGAUUUCUUUGAGAGUCUUCCUUAGGGCCUGGUUUUGUUCUUGUUGCUAAUUGUGUCUUGCUUUGUGAGUGGGUAUCAUUCUUGAA